GUCGUAACUAUUUAAAUUUGAGAUGACCAAUUGGAAUGACCAAUGGUCACGCUUCUGUAUCACAUGAGCCUACACUAACAAGUCCGUUUUUAUUGCCAUAAGUGACCCACAUCUUUGGAUAAAUAAACUGACCAUUCGUUAGUCAUACAAAUCAUUUUCCAAUCUGAGACUGGACUGACCACUUGAAUCAUUAUAGCAAUGACCUAUAUCGCGUUUACAUUGGAAGCAGUUGAUUUGUCGAAGAGUUUUCUAUCAGUUUAGAAUACAGUGUAUUACAAUCCAAGACAAUACCAGACAAUUACGCAACUUUUCGAAAACUUUUGAAAAUUAUUAUUCUUGAUUCUUACAUAGUGCUAAUUGUAACAUUCAACAUAUGAAUAAAUUAUGAGUGGUGACGAGGAUUCUCCUAAUAGGGAACCAAUGGAAACGGAACGGAAAGCAAGCAAAUCAUUCUUUAUAGACGACAUUCUAACCAAAGACACGGAAUCAGACGCCAGACGUAAGAGUACGGAAUCCAGCUACAGUCCGUACAAGAACUUUGGGUCCUAUGGCCAGCGAUCUCCAUGUGACAGCUGUUAUGAAAACUCUUCAACCUGUGUCUGUCGGUCCUGUCAGGAGUUAAGGGAGCACGUGCCACCGCCCAGUUACGUAACCGGGGAAACGACGUCACGUGUGACUAUAACGGACUCCAAGCACGCGGAAACGUGCAGCGCCAAACUUCAGAAUGAACUUGGUUCUCCAAAUAGUUCUCCACAUACAAACAGUAGUACCAAAUUGAAGAAAAAGACAAGAACAGUUUUCUCAAGGGCUCAGAUAUUUUAUCUGGAGGCCGCAUUUGAUGCUAAACGCUAUCUGUCUAGUGCUGAGAGGGCAGAAUUAGCACUUACUCUCCACCUAUCAGAAACACAAGUGAAAGUUUGGUUCCAAAACAGGCGUAACAAAUGGAAAUCACAAAUGGCGGAAGAUAACAAAUUCCCUAAUCACCAGGAACCAAACCAUUUGUUUCCUGGUCAUCCAUUGGCUCCAAGGUGUCACAUGGGUUUGGGACCAAUUCCUCCGUCGCCACAUCUGCUGAGCCAUCCUAUGUUGUACUUUUAAAAAGCUUAAUGGUUGGAAAUGCAGUGCAAAAUUGAUUUUCAAUUACAAACUAUUUACAAUGCUGUAUAAAACACUGUCAUGACGGUGGCUCUCUUGUUACACUCAACCAGUAAAGGGUUGUUGUUGUUGAUGUUUGUUUUUAUAUCUCUGAUGUUUUUAAUUAAACAAUGUGUUACCUAAAAUAAACGUAUAUGAAACAAAA